CUCUCUCAGCCUACACAGCCUCCCAACACAACCUCAGGCUCAGUAAUGUUGGAUACGCUGCAAGACUGAGUUCUCUCUUCCACACACGCUCUGCUAUCACCUGUUUGAGGACACACACUCGGCCAUCAUGGAGGAGGCUGACCUGCUGAAGGAGAGGCUCCAGGCGAUCACGGACAAAAGAAGAAUCCAGGAGAACAUCAACAUGAAGAGGAGACAGAUCGAGGAGGAGAAAUUAAAACUACAGUAUAUAAAGAAAAAAGCCCUGAGAGAGCAGUGGCUGAUGGACGGUCUGAGUCAGCAGUCGGAGGAGGAACAGGCAGCGAUGAGACUUCAAGCACAAGGCGAGCAGCAGCAGAGCGAUGAGCUGAAGAGCAAUAUCCUCAGAAUAGAGAAAGAGAUCGAGGCCUUGGAGACUGAGGAGCUCAACAUCUCAGCCAAUGAGGAAGUAAUUUUGAAGCGCUUAAAGGAGGUGGAGAGGACGACUGAAGACAUUAUCAAGAGAGCUACUUCGAUGGAAAUGGAGGCAGAUGGAAAAGAACUGAACGAAGGUUGCAGCACAACUGAGAAUCACAAGUCCCUCUCCAUCACCAUGGAAACCACUGAACAAUCAGAGCAAGCAAUGGACUGUGAAGUGGAGGGCACUGUGGCUGAUUCACCUGAGCAGGGGAAGGAUUUUAGUGCAAAUGACUGCCAAGUUUGUUUAGAGACAGACUCCUCAAACUCCACAGGGGAAAAGGCAGUGUUCGAUGGCUUAUUAAGUGACCCUCCGAGUGAAGAAAACAAAACGGAGAAGGCUGACUGCUCUGAGACCAGUAUUUGCUCUGAAAUGCCAAAUCAGGAUCAACAGGAAGCUUUAUCGUCAGAACCAGGGCACGAGGAGCUCAACAGGAAUGAAUCAAUCACUUCAUCAGUGUCUGACACACUCUCAAGUGCUGAUAGUGUGUAUGAGAAUGAGGCACAUCGGAAGAGGCAGGACACACCUGAACAAGAUCCCGAACAAGACCAGGAGGCAGAGCGGAACCCUGAACCAGAGCAGUGUCCCGAACCAGAGCAAUACGACAAGUCAGAGCAUCAUGAACCAGAGCAAUACAAUGAACAAAACCGUGACCAAGAGCAGUAUAACGAGCCCCUUGAACUAGAGCAAUAUGUUAAGCAAAGACACCCUGACACAGAGCAAUACCCAGACCCAGAGGAAGACCUUGGGCUCUACCCUGAGCCUGAAAAAGACCUUGAUCCAGACCUGUUCCCUGAGCCGGACCAGUACCCCGAUUUGGACUUGUAUCCUGAGCCUGAGGACAAUGAGCUUAAUCCGGUAGAUGAUAACUAUCAAAAUCUGACAAUAGACACAGGAUUAGACCCUGAGGCCCAGUUUGGAACCGGCAUUGUGGAAGAAUCUGUACUAGAGCAGUGCAUCAGAGAGGAGGCGAUGUCUGAUGUGUCUAAUGAGUCCUGCCAUGCCCUUGACCCUGAAGAUAUGGAUGAAUGCCUAAGAGUUGAGAUUGCAGCAGCUUCGUCGGAUAGUGAGACUGAUGAAAAAUGGAGAACAAUAUUCUCCUCCUCUAUCAACAAAGAGGACGAUGACUCCUAUUUAGACAAUCUUGAGCUCAGUGCCCAGGAGCUCUUUGUGCAGAAAGUUGAGGUGACAGACUACGAAGAGCAAGACAAUACAAACUUCGAAGAGGUCAGCUUUGAGGUUCCUCAAGUGCAAGAAGUUCUGGAACAACCUGAGGAUGUCAUUUCUUUUCCUGUCCCUUCACAAGAGGUUAAAUAUAAACCUUUAGCCCACCAAGGUUUGUCCAAAAUUUCAGAGGAUGAUAAUGAAAAUGGCAAAGAUUCCAGUCAGAAUCCCAUCACCCACCAGCAGCACAUCAUCGCAGAGCCUGACAAGAAGCUGCCGAAAGACUUCUGUGUCAUACAGGAGACCAAAAGUGAGAACGUUAGCACAGAGCAUGUGGAUUUCCAACUGGCUCGAAAACAGUGGAGGGAAAUGGAGGAGCAAACUAGAAACAAGAUCGUCUUACCUACGACCAAACAGCCCAGCUUUCAUGGCAGCCACAGCUUCAUGUACACGCCAGUCCGCCACAUUGAAAGAACCCCGAAGAAAGCACACGAUCUGGAGAAUUUAAAUCUGAUUGGGGACUAUGCUCACACCCAGUUCAGUCCUUGCUCAGAGGAUUCUGGACUGGAUGAUUCUAGUUACAGGUCCCCUAACGAUGACCUGGAAACACCAGUUGAACGGGAGAUUCGCAUCGCAAUGGAGAGGGAGGAACACUUCAGGAGAGAGAGGGGCUUUUCCAGGAUGGGAAAAUCAACCGAUUGUGCUCCAUCACGAGGCAUUCCAAGAUCCAUGAGCACUCCACUCACGCCGUCAUUUAUUAUAACCUCCUCACCAGCAGAGGAACCACCAAAACAUGAUGUGUCAGCAAACAGCGUUGUAGUUGUAGACAAUGAUUUAGCUGGCGGUGCCAAGAAUGGCAAAGACAACAUCGCAGCUCGGACCGGUGAGUGGCGCUCUGAGGACAAUAGCUCCAACCUCAUAAUACUAGAAACAUCCAACCUGAUUAUUCGCAGUGCCUCUGAGUUCUCCCUGAGCAAAUCCUGUGAGCAGCCCCAGGAGAAAAUGUUCCUAAACAAUCCCUUUUUCAAGCUGCGUUCAAGAAGCACGCUUUCACUGGUGGAUGAAGAGAUAAUGAUGGUGAAGCAGAGGGAGGAGGAGCUAAGGAAAGAGAGGGCUAAUCUGUACGGCAAAGACCAGAGCAAUACAGAAAGGAUGCUAUCAAAUCAAAAAGACACUUUGACAUUUGAAAAUUCAGGUGAUGUACCACUGAAGUGCAAGUCAUCGCCAUCAUCCCCAAUGAGAACAGCCUACAGGAUGGACCGCUCUGCUUUGUCCUGUGAUCACAGAUCUAACAAGAAGAGAAAGGAGAUGGAAGUAAAGCAGGUGGAAGCAGAGGAGGUGGAGGGAGUGAUAUAAAAGAAGGUAACCAAUCAGCUUUCUUGCUCAGUUUCCAGAUGUCUACACCGGAGGAAGACGCAAGAGUGCCAUGGCUUUGCGCUGGGAGGCGGGCGAGUUUACAAAAAACAACUGAAGAGAAACUCAGCAGUUUGCCAUGUAUUGUAAAGGCAUUGGGUCUCAUUCACCAAUAUCUUCUUAAGAUUUUUCAAAAUUUAUGAAGCAUGUUCUAAAGAAAAACCUAUGAAAAACCUAAAAUGUGCUUAAACUGCAGAAUUGUUGUGAACAAAUACAAGCCCCUUUAACACCCAUAUAAGGGCAUCUGAUUGUAGGGCCAUGUGCAUAAGCAGGAGUUACACAGAGAGGCAAAUAAAAAUAUUUAAAGUAUUACACACUGGAUUCAGAAUUUAAAAAUACUAAAGUAGUUCAAAGUAAUGCUGCUUGACAUGAAACCCAAAUAGGAUGAUUUAAUGACAUGAAAUUUUAUGUCUUACACAGGAAAUAGAUAGAAAUAGAAAUAGAUUCUGUUUUAUGACUUCAGACAGCGCUGUUCUUACAGAGGCAGUGCAUAUCAGGAGCUGUUAUCAGGAAAGAAAACAUACCUGGUGAAGAAGGAAAAUAACAUUAAAUAAAACAGAGACUAUAUAAAUCUCUCUUUUUUUUUAAUUAAAAUGAUUUGAUGGAAAUGAUGGGUCUUGUGAAGGUAGGUUUCAAAACAGUCUGGCUGCAGACUGUUCAUCUCUGAUGGCCACUCUCACAGACUGGCUAGGGUAAGCGCUAAGGUUUGGGUUAGGGUACCAAAGGUUAAAAGUCAAACACCUGACCUGCAAAUAUUAUAUCAAGCUGAGAAAACUACUUACAAGAAAAAACUAAUCCUCCACAAAAGAACCCUAACACAGCAAGCGUAGCUUAUGUUGCUCUGCAAACUGCGUGAGCUACAUAGAUAGUAGAUACACAUAGCUAACAGAUCUUAAGCUUUGUCCAUUAAGUAGCUAUGUAAGCCACAUAUCUACUUUAACUGUGUAGCUAAGUUAGCUUAAGCUAUGCUGGCGAAAGUUUACAUUUCCAAAGCAAACUUAGCUAUAGAUAUCAGAGCUACAUAGCUAACAUAAAAGCUUAGCUCACAAAACAGCUAAGUUACGUAUCUACAUUAUCUGCAUAGCUAAGUUAUCUGUAUUUACAUCCUUAGCUUACAUUUCUAAAGCUAAUUUAGCUAUAGAUAAUGGAGCUAUGUAGUUUAGGUAGCUACCAUAGAAAGAUGGGCUCACAAAUUAGCCAUGUGUCUACAAUAAAUGUGUAGCUAAGAUAGCUUUAGCUAAGUUUGCUAAAGUUUACGUUGGUAAAACAUAUGUUGCUUAAGCUAACUUAGCCAUUGAUAACAGAGCUAUGCAGCUAACACAGAAAGCUAAGCUCACAAAGCAGCUAUGUCAGUUAUGUAACUAACAGCUAAAGAUAAGCACAUAAAGUGGCUAAAUAAGCUACUUAUCUAUAUUAUCUUUGUAGUUAAUUUAGCUUUAGCUACAUUUUCUGAAGCUUAUGUUGCGAAAGCUAACUUAGCUAUUGAUAACAGAGCUGUGUAGCUUACAUAGAAAGCUAAGCUCACAAAGCAGCUAUGUGAGUUACAUAGCAAACAGAGUUAAAGCUAAGCUUACAUAGCAGCUAUGUAAGCUUUCUAUCUAUGUUAUUUGCAUAACUAAGUCAGCUGUAGUUAUGUUUGCAAAAGUUUACAUCACUAAAGCUAACAUAGCCGAAGAUAACAAAGCUACAUAGCAAACAUAGCUACGUAGCAUACGUAGUUGAAGCUACAUUCAGAAGUUAUUUGUGUUAACUCUACCUACUUUUGCUAAAGCUCAUGUUGCUAAAGCUAACUUAGCUACAGUGGCUUAUGUAGUAAUGUUUAUUACAUAGCUGGUGUAGCUAUGUUAGCUUUAGCUAAAGAAGCUAAAGUGAGCUACCUUUUGUGUAAGUACUUCCUUAACAGUUCUAUACAUGAUUUAAUCCCAGAUUAGGCCUCUGACAGUUGUAAGUAGUGUUUAUAAUGUGGUUAUUUCAUGGAUGUAACUGGCAGACCUUUGUGUAUAAAGUUGAAUUAAGUUAUACGGCAUCUCAGAUGAAUUGUCUGUGAGAGUGGCCGUCAGAAAUGUACAGUCUGCAAUCUCUUGUAGGUUUUCAUUGUUUGAUGAAUACAAUUCUUACUGAAGUUUUAAGCUUAUAUUUGGAAUUUUACAUUUGCAGUGAAGAUCAAGCAUUGUGCAGCUGAAGUAAGUUGACCAUACUUAAAUUGUGUAUUGCUUGAUGAAAUAAGAAUGCUGAAUUCAUAAAAACAAACAUUAGCAUCACUUAAAAUCCUUUACUGUUUCUAGAUUGCAGAUACAUGCAAAACUGAUAAUUUUAUCUUGUCAUAUCAGCCAAGAAAUGUGUGUAAAAGUGCAUUUGAAUGUUCAUCUUAAGAAUGGUUGGUAAAUGAGGCCCAUUGAUUUUCAGUGUUACACUCAUUCAAAGUUAGAUGCAGCAUUUCAACUGUUUGUUUCAUGUUGUGAAAUAACCUACACUCUCUUGCUUCUGUGAUGCUUUGGGCAAAACUAGAAGGACAUUGAGAAUGCUUCUAGGAACACAAGUUUGGAUACAGUGCAAAGAAAACUCAGAGAAACAGUCUUAUAUACUAAGUGUAAUAAACAUACUGUACGUCAUACUUGAUUAUUGCCAAAGGGUGUGCUGUAUCUUUACACCACGGCUCUGAAUUGUCCUCAUCACUUCUUAGUCAGAGGUUUCAGCACGUACUAUAAUCCAGCUUUUUCCAUUUGGAGUAAUAAAAUGACGCAGUGCCAACACAUUCUCUACUUUGAAAGCACCAUCCCAAAUAAUAAUUAUAGUAUAAAACAGAACCUUCUAAAUCAAGGCAAGUGGUAAUUUUCAACAGGCAACACCUCUGCUAUCAGUGCAGGUGUGAAAAAUGUUGCACCUACAGGGGCAAUAGAAGCUCAACAGUUUGUGUAAUGCAAUAACUUUAAACCUCCCUGUCUCCUUCAGGGGUUUUUCCUUGCCUUUUGAAGAAUUACUUCAAAGAAUUACUCCAGAAGCACAAAAUCUCAGAAGACUGCCAGUGGCGUGAGAAAAAAAUAAGGUUUAUAAAAGCACUAGUCUCUGAAUUCCUCUUUGGCUUUCUCUCUAAUAAUGGUAGUGAAGAACAAGGCCUUAACUGAACAUUUUUAUGCUGUAGUCAAAUGUCAUAUGUGGACUGAAAAGUUAAAGGUUGUUAUCAUAAAGUUUAGACAUAAGACCUGAUGACCACAUGCAGGUUUAUGGUUCUCUGUCUUGUAUCAGCUCUGUUUCGCAGUCUGUUUCCCAUUCAAUGAAUUUUUGUAAACUCUUAGGCAGUGAUCAUCAACUGAUGUCACCCGGGGGCAACAUCAGGUCCCCCAUGGCUUCCUAUCCGGCCCCCAGAGGGUAAUUAAAUUCUAAAAAUUUGAGAAAAAAAGAAUAUGACAUUGUAUUAUUUAAUUUUUUCUAUAUUUAAAUAAAAACUUCAGCUUAGUGACUUUGAAAACAAGAAGCAAAUAGUUAUUGUAUUUCUGUAAUUUGGCAUGAUAGAAAAAUACUUAUCAUUCCUGUCUGCAUUUUUUAGGGCUCUUUGAGAGCACAAUUUUCCUUUCUAAGAAUCUACACAAAAGAUCUGUUUCCUGUUUAUUACCAAUCAGGACACAGCAUCAAACUCAGUGAAAGACACCAAGAGGAUUCCAGAAAUAUAGUAUGUAGCUAAAAUAUCUCUAUCGCCCCCUUGUGGCUGGGGAUAAGUAUAUUGCCUCGCUGUUGAAAGCUUAACGCUCCAUUCAUUUUUAAAGGAAAUAAUAUGUUUACGAUAUGUUAAUUCAACCAAAAUAUACAUUUUAGUUUACUUUGUUCCUAUGUCUGGCCCCCACAGUGCCUGAAAAGAAAAAGCUGGCCCUUGUGUGAAUGGAGCUGAUGACCCCUGCUGUAAGGUCUGAUUUGAUGUGACAACAAUAAGUGUUGGAGUUUGUCAAAGGUUGGGUCAACAUUAAAGUUCUAAAGCUUUUAAACAAAAAAGGGCCCCAUUUUGAUGGCAUGAAGCAUGUUAGCACAAGGCACAUAGAGAUCUGUGGGUGUCUGUGUACAUUUUGCUAUCUGAAUGGUGCUUAAUCCAGGUACAAACCCAGGCACAGAGCCCAGAGAGGAUGGAUUAUGUGCCUUGUUUAUGCAUUGAGACUUUUUUGGUGUAACAUCACUGUAGGCAGUCAGGAACAUACGGGGCCACCAGGUUUCAGCAUCCCCAUUUCCAAUUCUAUCCACUGUCCUCCUCUAUCAAGUAAAGGCACAAAAAGCCCAAAAUAAAUCUUUCAAAAAAUGUUCUAACGGUCUAAAACCAAAUUUCAGUCACACAUAGAUCUCAGUGUUUUCACAUGUUUACAGCAGCAUUUUUCCAGUAUAUCUUGUGUGUUAAGACACACAUUUUGGAUUUCACUUUACAGGGACUUUAAGAUAGGAAGUAGCACUGGUGUAGAAAUGGCAGGGGGAAGAAAGGAAAGACACCUGUGCUAUACACGUGGCUUUUUGCCGGGGGUUCAAUCGGGCCCAUGAUGUAAUGAACACAGUGGUUGUUGUCAGUGAUGUAGUGAAGGAUCUAUGCAGGCACACAGAGUAUCCCACGUAUUUUUCAGUCUACAAAGAACAUACCCACAUCUAAAUCCCCACUCCUAGGAUAUCAAAGACAACAAAAAAGUAAUCAGAGAAUAGUUAUUCAAAUGCAAUUUUAAGGAGAAACGCCUGAGCAAACUGUGAGUAAAGGGAACAACAGAAACGACAAAUCUUCCUGAAGUUAUAGACCUCAUAGGAAGCUGUCCACUGUGGCUCAGGAGGAAAACAAUAGCUUCAGCUGGACAUUUAUGUAACUUUUUCCCUGCAGGACUUUGGACUUGGUUAUAUUUACUUCAGUGUGUCAUGCUAUGAAGAGAUUUCUGCAGCAUUAACAAUGAGAAGACUGAUAAACACAACCAAUAACUCUUUUGAAACACAUGUGACAUUUGACUGUGGUAUAAAGAUGGAAUAAACCAACCUAGUCUUUAUGUAAAAGAAGAUUAUUUGCUGACUAGAAGUAUUAGUAAUACAGGUCAUUUGCUGAGAUGCCUCAUUGUUGGAUACAUGUAUUGUUGAGUCAACUCUUUGCUAAACUUUUCUUGACGUGAUAAAUGUAAAUCAAAUUUUAAACAUAUUUUGAUGUAUUGUAUGUCUUGAUAAAGCAAAUGAAACAUUAUUAAAUGUAUAUUUAUUGUAUUUUCAUACUAUGCUUUUUUGCUUCAAGCUAUAUUUCAGGGUGGGCUGGAUGUGAAAGACCUUACACAGACAUCUCACAUAGUAAAGAUUGUAUUGAGAAUGAAUACAAAUGCACACAAGCACAUUUACAUUAGAAUGUUGUCCAUCCCAUGUGGGAAAUUUCAGGAAGCAGAACUUUUAAAAAUGACCUAAGAAAGACAAUCUGACACCUACAGGUAUUUCUGUGGUUAAAGAGCCAACGCACAAUAUGGAAAGUGAACAUAUAAAGUUUAUUAUCAGUGCAACUGAAAUCCUAAAACCAACCAGGUUUCCACAACACUACACAGAUGUAGAGGAGGAGCAUCUCACUUCAACGUUUUAAACCCUGACUUUAUUUUCAGAGACUGAGCAUGAACUUUCUAUUUAUCAAGGCCUUUCUGCCAUUAUUUAUUUUAAAGCACUUUUCUUUGUAGUUUUCUGUUCUGUGAGUUUCAUGACCACGUAAAAGUCAUUUCCAAAGGGCAAAAUCUCAGAGCACUUACAUCCACCAGUUGUAAUUAAGAAUUUUCAAAUGUUAGUAAUUGUUCACACAACACUGAUAUUUCCAGCGACUCUGAAAAAGCAGCUUGUAAAAGCUGACCUUAAACUGCAUUGUUCAACUCUUCAUGUUUGUAUGCUUAAUUGUUAAUGUUUAGCUUACAAAUUUCAAAGAUUGCUUGCUGAUGUCUUUUGACACUCCGUCAAAAUCCCCUCAGUGUCUUUUGAGGGGGCUUCCUGGGCUCCUUUUGAUUUGAUAUGUCAGGGCUUUUUACUUUUUAUUCCUAAUGCAAGUAUUUGAAACGAUAA